AUGCCAGCCGACAGUCUCUUGGCCAUGGCCCGCCGGGCGUGCGGUCGAUACAGUGCUCGGAUCACAGACAUCGGAGACCUCGACUAUGAACUCGUGCGACCGGUCCUUAUGAAGAUUGAGAACCCCGAGAAACUGCACCAAAUCGAACAAGCCUCUCCCCAAAUCAUAGGACUAGACGCCGAACUCUGGCUAAACUUCAUCAAACGCGACAUCCCAGACUGGCACCUGAAGCCUCACGAGCCCAAAGACCCAAAGAACUGGUACAAAGUGUACCGCAAGCUGAAGGCUGAGGCAGAGCAGGACUCGAAGGCCGACGAAGCCAUGCUAAAAGCGGCAUUGGCAAACAUCAAAAAAGAAAAAGAGCAGAAUGUGGUCGAGAUCGCGAACAGAGUCCCCGGUUCAUACGGGCCUUCGAGACGGGCGCGCAUCUUCAACAACUACGUGACCGGCCGGACGGGGAGCAAGGGCGCCAACAAGAUGACGCUCAUGGAGAAGAUCCGCAAGGAGGCUCGCGAUGCGAAGGCCUCCCGGAUGAACCGGCCCAUGCACGAGUUGCCGAAACGAGCCACGCCCGUGAUAACGCCGCCGCAGCGCUUUGUCGAGGACUUGAAGCAGAAGGCCGCCGCUGCUGCAAAGACUGUGACGGUAACUUCUCCUCCCGCUGCGUCUCGUCGACCCAUCCCAACUUCGAGACCUCCCCUGCACGCACCACGCCCACAACAACCAAACGACUCGUACGAUCUGACAAGGGAUCGUGAGGCCAGACUGCGUGCGUUGAAGGCCGGAAAGACCCCUGUCCCGACAACAAGUUCAACAAUGGCACAGAGCCAGACUCGGAGUGCCAAUCAUCUCACUCUCGAUUUCCUGGAGGAUGACGACGGACCGGAUGAUGCCAUGGAAGAACCACCUCGCAAAAUGCGAAAGGUGAGUAAUGAGGACGUCAGACAACAAACUUCGGCCAGUCCUGUGAGGCUGAAUACGACAACACAACCACCAAUGAAGAAGCGAAAAAUGGCUCCUUCACUUUUCCUGUCGUCGAAGAGGCCAGUCACAAAGCCGCCGGCAGUAUCUUAG